AUGACAAUGAAGGUGGUGGUGGAGAAUUUGACAGGAACUCUCUUCUAUGUUCAAGUCGGAAAGGAGGCGACGGUUGCUGAUCUAAAACGGGAAAUUGAAGCGCAGCAGAAGCUCCCUUACCACCGUCUGAUCUUGAUUCUUGACACUGACAGCGAUGAUCGUCAUUGUAGCCGUCUCAUGAAUGACGAUGCAGACGGAGUUUUGCUCGUUGAUUAUGGAGUCCAAGAUGGAUCACAUGUUUAUGUCUUUUUGAAUCCCCUUGAUGAUGGAUCCACUAAUCACCUUUUUGAGCUUAACUGGUGUGAUUCUCUAUUAGGUUAA